AUGGCAGAUGAGGAAGUUGCUCCGGUAAGGACUCUUCAGGACUAUUUGAAUCCGGAACGGGUCACUCAAUUGUCACCGAUAGUUUUUCCACGACCCACCACUGUUGCAAACACAUUCGUGUUCAAAUCAGACUAUCAUCGUUGCAUUCCAUUCUUCCAUGGUAUGGAGCGCGAGGAUCCGUACCAACAUAUCCGAGAAUUUGAGGAAGUUCUCCAAUCGUUCGUUAGCGGGGAGGUGCUUCUCAACCAAGCAAGAUUGAAGCUCUUCCCUUUCACUUUGAAGGAUAAGGCUAAGACAUGGUUUCACUCUUUGAAGCCUCAAUCUUUGAACACAUGGGGAGAAGUGCAAGAUGUUUUUCACAAGAAAUUCUUCCCAGCGAGCCGAACAAAGCUCUUGAUGGAUCAAAUCCAGGGUUUCAAGCAACGUGAGGGUGAAGCUUUCCACCAGUAUUGGGAGCGUUACAAGGACUUGCUUUCUACGGUUUCUCACCACAACUUCGCCUUGUAUCAACUGAUUCACUACUUUCAUAUGGGCUGCACGCAACAAAGCAAGCAACUGCUCGACACCAUGUGCUCCGGAGGAUUUAUGAAUAAGUCACCCGAUGAUGGUUGGGAUUACUUAGAUGAGUUGGCCAAGAAGUCUCUGACUUGGAAUUAUGAAGAUGCUGGUGAUAGAGCUAUGGCUAGCCAAGGUCCCGGUGGCUCCGAAAAGUUCUCCAUAAAUGAGCACAAUGCUAUUGAAACACGGAUGGAGCAACUAGCACAAAAGUUGGAAAAGUUGGAGUUGAAAGGGAUAAAGGAAGUUAAGGCCGUGCGAGCGGUAGAGGAGAUGUGUGCUAUAUGUGAAACAUCGGGCCAUUCCACCGACAAUUGCUUGUCUAUUCCCACUCUCAGGCAACAGUACAGUAACCUCAACCUCCCGCUCGAAGAAGUUAGUGCGGUGAACCAACGGUUUGAAUCUUUUCCCCAAAACUUCAACCAAAGUCAACGACAACAUCCGGGAUUCCGUUGGAACAAUCAGAUCGAAGGCGACCAUCUCAAGCACCUCCUGGUUCUCAAAUGCAACCAUGGCGGCCUGCUCAAGGCCAAGGGCAGCCUCGUUUUCCACAAGGGUCGCCAGAUUUCGCACCAUCCGGCCCGUUUCAAGGAUCUAACCAAUAUCAACCCCCGCUAA